GAAGAGAGAGAGAGAAGCGCGUGAUUCAACGGCUUUGUUAUAUAUACAAACCAACUUACCAAUGUUGACUAACACAGAGAGAGAGAAGAUAGUGAGGUUUUGAGACUCGUAGGAGAUGGAUCAUAAUACGACGCCGCUUCUUCCGCACGGUGGCGAGGUAGAGGAGGAUUACGCUCCGGCGAGAACUUGGAGAGACGUGAAGCGAGUUUUGUGUACGGAGUCGGCGAAAAUGUGGUUGAUCGCUGCUCCUGUGGGCUUCAACGUCAUUUGCCAGUAUGGUGUAAGCUCCGUCACCAACAUCUUCGUCGGCCACAUCGGCGAGAUCGAGCUCUCCGCCGUCUCCAUCUCUCUCUCCGUUAUAGGCACCUUCUCCUUCGGCUUUCUGCUUGGCAUGGGAAGUGCACUUGAAACCCUCUGUGGUCAAGCAUUUGGAGCUGGUCAAGUCCACAUGUUAGGCGUUUAUAUGCAGAGAUCUUGGAUCAUCUUGGUCGUUUCCUGCCUCUUCCUCCUUCCUAUUUACAUCUUUGCCACUCCGGUUCUGAGACUUCUCGGCCAAGCAGAGGAGAUAGCCGUUCCAUCUGGACAAUUCACUCUCCUCACCAUCCCUCAGCUCUUCUCGAUGGCUUUCAACUUCCCCACCUCCAAGUUCCUCCAAGCGCAGAGCAAAGUAACCGUCAUUGCUUGGAUAGGAUUCAUUGCUCUUCUCCUGCACGUUGGUAUGCUGUGGCUGUUUAUCAUCGUGUUUGGUUUGGGAACAAACGGUGCUGCUUUGGCUUUUAAUAUCACAAACUGGGGAAUUGCAAUCUCUCAGAUCGUUUAUGUGAUUGGUUGGUGUAAUGAUGGCUGGACGGGUUUAUCUUGGUUGGCGUUUAAAGAGAUUUGGGCCUUUGUUAGACUCUCCAUUGCAUCUGCGGUUAUGCUUUGUCUUGAAAUGUGGUAUAUGAUGAGUAUCAUCGUCCUCACUGGUCACCUUGACAACGCUGUUAUCGCUGUUGGUUCCCUUUCUAUAUGCAUGAAUCUCAAUGGCUUGGAAGCAAUGUUGUUUAUUGGAAUAAACGCAGCUAUAAGUGUCCGUGUCUCCAAUGAGCUUGGCUUAGGCCGUCCACGAGCAGCGAAAUACUCUGUCUAUGUAACGGUGUUCCAGUCUCUCCUCAUAGGUCUUGUCUUUAUGGUGGCUAUCAUCAUAGCCAGAGACCAUUUUGCUAUCAUCUUCACAAACAGCGAAGUACUUCAACGUGCAGUGUCUAAGCUAGCUUAUCUUCUCGGUAUAACAAUGGUUCUCAACAGCGUGCAGCCAGUUAUUUCCGGUGUGGCUAUUGGAGGUGGUUGGCAAGGUUUAGUGGCUUAUAUCAACUUGGGUUGUUACUACAUUUUUGGCCUUCCCUUUGGGUAUCUUCUUGGUUACAAAGCAAACUUGGGAGUGAUGGGACUUUGGGCUGGAAUGAUAGCAGGAACAGCGCUUCAAACGUUGCUACUGAUGUUUGUUCUGUACAAGACAAACUGGAAUAAAGAGGUGGAGGAGACGACUGAACGUAUGAAGAAAUGGGGAGGGAGUACUGAAACAACAUCAAAGGAAGUAGUUGCGUGAUUAUUGGGGUUCUCUUUUGUUUGCUUUUUCUUUUUUCAUUGUGUUUGUAUUUGUACUAGCCCCCAGUAACUGUAUUUGGCUGUUGGAAAAUUAUUCAAUCGGUCAAAGUAACAACUGUGCUUUUUGUUA